UGGAGGCCUUGGAGCUCACAUUCCCAUGCUGAGGAAACUCAGAAACUACUCUCUCCACGGCCAGAACCUACUCUUCUGGAGUUGCCCUCUGGGGCCACACACGGAGGCCUCUGUCAGGGUCGUGUCCAUUUGGCCCUUUUUGGUCUCUGGGGUGAGGUUGGGGGGAGAGGGGGGUCUUCCCCGAUGUAUGGCCUCAGCCCCGCGUGUGCCCUGCUGCUCCCUGGUGUGUGGCUCGCAGCGGUUGGGCCGGCCGGGGCUGUGGAGGUUUACACCUCGGGGGCUUUGGAGGCCGUUAACGGGACCGAUGUCCGUCUGAAAUGCACUUUCUCCAGUUUCCUCCCCGUGGGCAGCGGCCUGACGGUGACCUGGAACUUCCGGCCCGAGAGCGGGGGCCCCGAGGAGUUUGUAUUUUACUACCACGAGCAGCCCUACGCCCCAGCCAGGGGACAUUUUAAGGGCCGAGUAGUUUGGGAUGGGAACAUUAACCGGAAUGACGUCUCCAUCAUCGUCUGGCACAUGCAGUUCGACGACAACGGGACGUUCACCUGCCAAGUGAAGAAUCCCCCUGACGUGGACGGGCUGAUCGGAGAAAUCCAGCUCAGAGUCGUGCAGACGGUGCGUUUCUCGGAGAUGUACCUCUUGGCUCUGGCUAUCGGCUGUGCAUGUGCUCUGAUGGUCAUCCUGGUGAUCGCAGUGGUCCUCGUACAGCACUUCAGGAAGACGCGGCACCAGGCCCACGUGGUGGAGACAGAAUCGAAAGAAGAGGAAAAGCUGAAUCAGGAGAAGGUCUCUAUUUCCUUAGAAGACACUCACUAGUGUCCUCAGACUAAACGGUGACUGCAUGAUGCCGAGAACCAGGAUCCCUAGCACAGAUUGGGAAGUUUUCUCCAGCUCCGACUGCCAACAUCCCUGGCUCCUCCAACCAGCUCUUCUCAUUCCCUUCAACCUCAAUCUGCUGCUCUGUUUUCGGCCGUUGAAGAGCUCUUCCUGAGCACUUGUGAUCUCAAUGUCCUCCAUCCUUUUAUCCAGGUUUCAUUCCAUUUUUAUGUUCCAAGAGCUUUCAAAAUUUUUUGAGUUUUUGAAAAUGACUAGAAACCAAAUUAAGUUAUCCGGCAUAAAAUUCCCUUCUCCACACGACAGGUCCCAUAUAUUCCAACAAAAUCUGCUGGGUCUAUGAGCUUUGUCCUUGUGAUACUCUCAAUUAAAAUGUGAGCUCACUUUUAGACAUUUUCUUGGGUAUGAACAGCAGGAAAUUUAAAGUUCAACCGUUUGUUUGAUUUGUACGACCCUGCUUCCUGGAGAAGCAGUGUGGCCUGGUGGAUAGGCCCGGGCCUGGGGAUCUAAUUCCGGGUCUGCCACUGUUGGGU